AUGCUGUCCUCCGUGAAGACGGGCGCCGACCAGCAGCACGCCGAGCAGCUGGCACAGCGUGCGGCAGGGGAACGAGAGCGUUGCGAGGAAGAGGCCGACGCUGUGCGUGAGCUCGAAGGCGUCCAGAAACGGCUCGUGCGAGCAGAAUUCAGCCGUUUCGGCGUACAGCCGCAGGCCCUCGGUGAUGAAGCGCUGGGUCUCGGCCUUGUCGCCGAACAGCAGCGGGAAGUCGAGGUAGUGUUCCUUGAUGGGCUCCUCGCGGCUUGGCACAAGCCUGCCGGCCAUCUGGCCGACGCGGUGGGCGGACGUGAUGCCGUAGUAGCGCUCCGAGAGCGAGCCGGGCGAGGCGGAGUCCGCGAGGCCUGGCGUGCGGAUCGGCGCGUUUCUGAAGGUCGACGGGUACUUGCAGGCGACGCCGCGCUUUGCGCAGGUCGAGCAGGUCGGGUGGGUCUUGUCGCACCUGGUUUUUCGCUGUUUGCACGCGAGGCACGAGAGACGGGUUACCAUGAAGUCCGAAAUAAAAAAAUAAAAUUAAUCAGCUGCCGGCAAAACGCCGCGGAGAAACAACCGCUACGGCUGGGUGUAGGACCGCACAACGGACUCCAGCAGCCGCCGGUAGACCGACACAAACUGGUUGUAGUACACCAUCUUGUGCUCGAACACGCGGUAGAUCUCGCUCGUGGCCAGCACGGGCCCGUUCUUGCCGUGCUGCGCAAGGUUCAGUGCCGCAAACAGCAUGAAGAACUUGAGCAGGUCGCUGCUCCGCACCAGCAGCAUGAUGUCCGUCUCCUUGAAGAUGUCGAUCAGCUUCUCGCACUCGUUGUCGAGGUCCUGGAUCAGCUUCGGGUCCAGCGUCGUCAGGUACGCUCGCCGGUACAGCAUCACCUUGGAGAAGCGGUAGGUGAUGACGAUCAUGGGCCCCACGGUGUCCUGCUCGAGCAGGUGCUUCCAGUCGUUGAACGACGACUUGAGGUCCUUGAGCGACGUCUCGAGCGGCUCCUUGAACUGCAGCGCGUUGUACAGCGUGAGCAGGAUCGAGAGCUGGCUGACGAUGCGGCCGUCGAAGCUCGACGCGGACGGGAUGUCCAGGAUGUUGCGGCACUGGUCGAGCCGCAGCGUGUCGAUCAGGCACGGCCGGCCAGACAGGAUGCAGUAGCACAGGUGCGUGAGCGCGAGCUGGUUCCAGAGCCGGAAGCUCUCGAUGCGGUCCGGGUGCAUCUUGAAGCGGUCCGACAGCAGGUUCAGGUCCAUCUCGCGCGUGAUGUAGUGCAGCAGCGCGUAGCCCGACAGGAACCAGCCGUCGAAGUAGAAGGCCUGGUACGAGAGCGAGAUGGAAAACAGCGCAAUCAGCAGGAACGCCUGGAUCUGGUACUUUGUCUGCGGGACGACGAGGAGCGACGCCGAGAGCAGCCGCUGGAUCGUGUGCAGCAGCGAGCGCGCGAGCACGUCCAUGUUCUGCGGCAGGAGGCCGCGGUAGAAGCGCAGCCCCAGCAGGCACAGCACGGCGAGCAGCAGCGGGCACUGCGUGCGCAGCUCGCUGACGUAGUUGUGCGGCACGGCGUAGAUGCCGCCCCAGAAGCCGUAGAAGUCGACGGCGAGCCGCACGAGCUCGCUGGCGAGCGACUCGGACAGCAGGCCGCUGGCGACGACGUCGGCGUCGGCGGGGUGCGAGAGCACGAGCGGCCAGAUCCCGUGGGCCAAUUCCUUGUUGAAGGGGAUCUGGGUCAUGUCGCCGGCGCGUCGCACGUCCCGGAACGGCGUGACGUCGAAGUAGAGCUUGUCGAGCAAGUUUGA